AUGCAGCUCUGCACCUGGAUCUUAUCCGGCCUUGUGACAGCCGUCGCUGCUACCGAGACUUAUGACUAUAUCGUUGUAGGAGGUGGCACCGCUGGAGGAGCCCUUGCCACCCGCCUGAGCCUCGGCCUUCCCAAGUCCAAGAUCCUUCUACUAGAAGCGGGCCCAGAAGCGCUGGAAGAUGUGCGUAUCAACAUACCAGGGAUGCGCGGUUCAAUCUUAGGCUCAUCGCUCGAUUGGAACUUUAGUUCUAUCGCCCAGCCUGGCCUCAACGGACGAUCCAUUAGCGUAAACCGCGGCAAGGUUCUCGGCGGCUCAUCUGCUAUGAACUUCCUGUGCUAUGACAGAGCUGCAUCUGCUGAAUACGAUGCCUGGAGUGAGCUCGGAAGUCCAGGCUGGAAUUGGGAUACCAUGAUUAAUGGUAUGAAGAAGUCGGAGAACUUCACGGGCAACGAUGGCGAUGUCCAUGGUCGCUCUGGUCCCAUCAGCUCUACCUACAAUCGCAUCGUCCCGGAUGUCUUGAAGCCGUGGCAGUCGACGGUCAAUAAGUUGGGCGUACCAAUCAAUGAUGGAGGAUCUCUUGGUGGAAGCCCUGUUGGAGUCAUGUUCCAACCGACUAACAUUGACGUCACCAACUACACCCGGUCAUACAGUGCCAACAGCUACCUGCCAAAGGCUGGGUCUAAUCUGAAAGUCAAGACGAAUGCUCAUGUCGCUAAAGUUCUCUUCUCCUCCAAGAAGAGUAAAGGUCUAGUUGCUACUGGCGUCGCUCUUCAAGAUGGCUCUAUGAUCAAGGCCCUCAGGGAGGUUAUCCUUUCGGCGGGUUCUAUUCAGAGUCCGGGACUGCUUGAGAUGUCCGGAAUUGGACAAACCAAGGUUCUUGCCAAAGCAGGAGUCAAGAAGUUGCUCAACCUUCCAGGCGUUGGCGAAAAUUACCAAGACCAUCUUCGAACUUCCAAUACAUACAUCCUGAAGGAGGGUUACGAGUCCUUUGACCAGAUGAUCUUCAAACCUGACGGCGCGUUGGCGAAGGAGCAGUUUAACCUGUGGCUGGAGAACAAGGUAUCGUGGUAUGACUAUACAAGCAGCGCUUACGCCUUUCUCAACUGGGCCCAGGUCAGCAACAGUGUACAAAAGAAGAUGAAGCGACUUGUGAAGGACGGCUUUUCUAUCAAUGGCACUGUCGUGGACAAGAAGAAGCUUGAGUAUCUCAGUGACCCUUCUAUUCCACAACUGGAGCUUCUCCUAGAAGCCAACUACGUUGGUGCUCAGGGCUAUCCCGGUACUUCUCCCAACUUCAUCACCAUCUUCUCCUCCAUUAUGCAUCCCAUGAGUCGCGGGAGUGUUCACAUCAACGGGCAGGAUGUAAAGGGGAAGCCGAUCAUCGACCUAAACUACCUCAACAACAAGCACGACAUACAAGCACUCAUUGAAGGUGCCAGGUUUGCCCGCAAAGUCGCCGAGACAGAGCCUUUGCGAUCCGUAUGGACUGCAGAGUUUGAACCAGGCCUGGGGAAGAGGACAGAUGCUCAAUUGCGUGACUGGGUCGUCAAGGCAGUUAACAGUUUCUACCAUCCUGUCGGUACGUGCGCAAUGCUUCCGAAGAAGGACGGUGGUGUUGUGGACUCGGACUUAAAGGUGUAUGGCACGGAGAACCUCCGUGUGGUUGAUGCCAGUAUUAUUCCUGUUCAGCUCUCAGGCCAUAUCCAGACGGCUGUGUAUGGUAUUGCCGAGACAGCCGCGCAGAAGAUUAUCGCUGGCGAGAAGCAAUAUGCUAAGGGCCUGUAA